CCCAAUUAUUUGUGCGUUUAUAACGCGCACGCUACAAAACUCCUUUCCCAUAUAUCACCAAACAACCACCAGUCACCACCUCCAACCACCACCACCACCACCACCACCACCACCACUCAGCCAUGGCUGAGAGAAAAGAGCAGGUGAAACCCUUGGCGCCGGCAGCCUACCGGAUCGACUACAUCAAAAACGAAGACGAAGCCUUGUCCAUGGAGCUGAAGAAAUACCGCCACAAGAAAUACAUCAAGUGCUGCGGAUGCAUCGCGGCGUUAUGUUUAAUCCAAGUUGUGAUCAUAUUAGUUCUUAUUUUCACGGUCUUCCAUAUCAAAAAUCCUAAGAUGAGGAUCAACUCUAUAAGAUUUGAAGGUUUGAGCAACCUUUCCAAUAGGUCUGCCAACGUCACACUUAUUGCUAGCGUCUCUAUUAAAAACCCAAAUGUGGCGUCCUUCAAAUUCAGCAACGCCACCACCACUGUCUACUACCACGGCGAGAUGGUGGGGGAAGCUCGGAGUCCGGCGGGGCACGUCAAGGCGAGGCGGACGCUUCGGACGAACGUCACGGUGGAUAUAGAGAUCAAGAAAAUGAAGGCAAUUCCAGGGCUAACGAGUGAUCUGAGUGACGAAACAUUGGAGAUGAGUGCCUAUAGUAGAAUCAGUGGGCGGGUUAAGAUAACCAGUUUGAUUAAGAAGGAUGCUGUGGUGAAAAUGAAUUGCACCAUGACAGUUAAUGUUAGAAACCAGCAAAUUCAGGAUCAGAGGUGCAGGCCACAUGUUUCGAUAUAGGAUUAUUAUUAUUAUUUUUUGUUUGUUUGUACUUUAAGGAUGAGAUUUCCAGUUGAAUAUGUAUAAGAGUAAUGUCAUGUUCUGUAAGUAUGGAAUUGAUGUAUGGGGAAAAAAAAAAAAAAAAUUGUUCAAUUACAUACUACCGAACAUGACAUAAGUAUAUAUAUAGAUUAUUGUCAAGAGAUGUAGAUAAAAAGAUCUAUCAUUUCUGGCUAUAAAAUAGUUUCUAUUUCAUGAUUA